CCGGAGCCCAUCUUGAAGCAAAUGAAGCAGAACAGAGUGAUCCGGCUUCACUCCCCAUCAUCUAUCUCAACAUUGCGUUCAAGGUGAUCUGAUUCUGUUUUGAGAAAGAAAAACGACGCGCAGGAUGCGCUCUGUUGGUUAUAUUGUAAAUGCCUGUGGCGGCUGUUGAGGAGGAGAGGUCGCCGACGGCGGCGGGGACGCGGGCUCGGCUCGGCCCGUCAUGUCUGAGGAGAGCGCGCUGCUGAUCGGGCCCGCGCUGCCGCCCGGCUACAGGUCGCGGGGGCCGCAGGCCGAGACCGAGCGCCGGCGCCGCCCCAGGCCGACACUUGAUAAAACAGUUGCAGGACCAGCAUUACCUCCGGGAUUUCGGUCAACCAAAAGUUCAGAAAGUUCAGAUAAUGAUGAAGUUAUCGACUGCACCAGUGAGAGGAAGCAAAGCUCAGCCCAAGACUUAAGGAAACCUAACAGAAUAGCUAUGGAGGAGAGUAACGGCAAGUCAAGAGACAGAUGCAAGCAACCUGCUGCUCCCCAGAUUGAAGCUCCCCAGGUUGAAGAUGAUAGCGAUGAUGGAUUUUUUGGUCCUGCUCUUCCCCCUGGAUUUCCAAAGAGAGAGCAGUCGCCUGAAUGUCCUUUCAUAGGACCUGCACUACCGCCUGGCUUCAGCAGGUCAGAUAAAGAAACAGAACUAGCUGUGCCCUUAAAGUUAAAUGUGCAGACUUCAGAUGAAGACAGUGAUGGGGAGAUGCUGAUUGGCCCAAUCCCCUCAAAAGACGCAGUUGAAAGCAGUGUGGUGGCAGAUAUUGAGCGAAGGUCGAACAGAAUGAAGGAAAAGUUGGUCUCUGGGGACAUGGAUAAUCAGAAUCAGGCCAGAGAGUCUUGGAUGACUGAGCUUCCACCAGUGUUACAAAAUAUAGGCCUGACUGCAAGAACAUUUAAGAGGCGUGCAAAUGGAGAAUCGGCUGACCGCUCCAUCUGGACAGACACUCCAGCUGACAGGGAAAGGAAAGCUCAGGAAGUGCCAGAAGCAAAAAAAUCCUCUGCAAAAGAUAUUGAACAGCCAAGUCUCCCUGAAAGAGACAAACGAAUGGCCAAAGAGGUGGCAUCAUAUAAUAGCAAUGGCAGGAAUGGCAACAAAAAUUUUUUUUUGUUUAAUAAUUUGCUUGACAUGCACAGCAAAAACUUAAAAGAAAAGCAAAGCCCCAAGAGCCGGGCAUUUCGUGAUCAGGAUCUUCAGGUUCACCGGUUCGAUGAGGCCCAAAAGAAAGCUUUAAUCAAGAAGUCCAGGGAACUGAAUUCCAGGUUUUCACAUGGAAAAAGCAACAUGUUUCUGUAAAAAAAACAAUACAACUGGCAAAUCGCAGAUUUGAUCAAUAUUCAGUCUAUAGUUUAAUUCAGCUGUAAUAUUCCUACUUUGGAAAUAUUGGUUCAAACCAGCAUGUAUGAGUAGCAAAUAAUAAAAUAUUUUUUGUUUAAUAAUUUUGAUCAAAAUAAAAGCAAAUCCAUUUUAUUUGUCA